CUGCUGCAGUCGCCGCAGCGUCCGGACCGGAACCAGCGCCGUCCGCGGAGCCGCCGCCGCCGGGCCCUUUCCAAGCCGGGCGCUCCGAGCUGCGCCCGGCCCGCUUCAGCACCGUGGACAGCGCCGGUCGCGUGGGGCUGCGCCCGGAGCCCCUGCGCGCGCUCCCGCGCCCCUUCCCUCGGCCGACGUCCCGGGACCACCGCUCCGGGGGAGACGUGGCGUCCGCAGCCCGCGGGGCCGGGCUAGCGCAGGACGGCCCAGAAGCCCCGCGGGGGAUGCGCCGAGGGCCCCGCGUUCGCGCAGCGCAGAGCCAGGCCCGCGGCCCGAGCCGAUGAGCACCAUGCGCCUGCUGACGCUCGCCCUGCUGUUCUCCUGCUCCGUCGCCCGUGCCGCGUGCGACCCCAAGAUCGUCAACAUUGGCGCGGUGCUGAGCACGCGGAAGCACGAGCAGAUGUUCCGCGAGGCCGUGAACCAGGCCAACAAGCGGCAUGGUUCCUGGAAGAUCCAGCUGAACGCCACCUCCGUCACGCACAAGCCCAACGCCAUCCAGAUGGCUCUGUCAGUGUGCGAGGACCUCAUCUCCAGCCAGGUCUACGCCAUCCUAGUUAGCCAUCCGCCUACCCCCAACGACCACUUCACUCCCACCCCUGUCUCCUACACAGCCGGCUUCUACCGCAUCCCCGUGCUGGGGCUGACCACCCGCAUGUCCAUCUACUCCGACAAGAGCAUCCACCUGAGCUUCCUGCGCACCGUGCCGCCCUACUCCCACCAGUCGAGCGUGUGGUUCGAGAUGAUGCGUGUCUACAGCUGGAACCACAUCAUCCUGCUGGUCAGCGACGACCAUGAGGGCCGGGCAGCUCAGAAGCGCCUGGAGACGCUGCUGGAGGAGCGUGAGUCCAAGAGUAAAAAAAGGAACUAUGAAAACCUCGACCAACUGUCCUAUGACAACAAGCGCGGACCCAAGGCAGAGAAGGUGCUGCAGUUUGACCCAGGGACCAAGAACGUGACAGCCCUGCUGAUGGAGGCAAAAGAGCUGGAGGCCCGAGUCAUCAUCCUUUCUGCCAG